AUCGUUGAGAGUCUCUCGAAUGUGGACAUCUCGACUUGGGGAGAAAUGUGGCUACAUGCUCCAACUUUGGCUUCAAGUAUUCCUAGUAGACACUAUCCUAAAGCAGCUUUCAGGUUGGCACUAUCGUCAAUGGCUACAAACGGAAAGAUUCGUGUGAAAAACCCUAUUGUAGAACUUGACGGAGAUGAAAUGACCCGCAUCAUAUGGUCGUUUAUUAAAAACAAACUAAUAUUUCCAUACUUGGAUAUUGAUUUGAAGUAUUUUGAUCUGGGUUUACCCAACAGAGACAAGACCGAAGAUCAAGUUACCAUAGAAGCUGCAGAAGCCAUCAAAAAGUACAACGUCGGCGUCAAGUGUGCCACUAUAACACCCGAUCAACAGAGAGUAAAGGAAUUCAAUCUGAAGAAAAUGUACAAAUCACCCAACGCAACCAUUCGUGGGAUCUUGAACGGAACUGUGUUUCGAGAACCUAUCAUCUGUAACAACGUCCCUAGACUGGUUCCUGGUUGGAAAAAACCUAUCAUCAUCGGUAGGCACGCCUUUGGGGACCAAUAUCGAGCCACAGAAGUUUCGAUUCCACCUCAAGGCGGUGUUGUACAGUUGGUUUGUCAAACAAAGGAUGGAAAGACAACCACUCAGACUGUGCAUCAGUUUGAAUCCGGUGGUGGUGUGGCUUUAAGUAUGUUCAACACAGAUGAAUCAAUAAGAGGAUUCGCAAAGUCUUGUUUCGAAUUCGCAUCAGCUAGAAACCUACCCUUGUUCCUUUCCACCAAAAACACCAUCUUGAAAACUUAUGAUGGAAGAUUUAUCGAAAUAUUUGAGCAACUCCGUGCACAAUAUCCAAAUGUUCAAUAUGAACACCGGCUUAUCGAUGAUAUGGUAGCACAGGCUUUAAAAUCUAGUGGAAACUUUGUAUGGGCAUGUAAGAAUUACGAUGGGGAUGUACAAAGUGAUGUCAUUGCACAGGGUUUUGGAAGCUUGGGAAUGAUGACCAGCGUUCUCAUGGCUCCGGAUGGAAAGACGGUGGAGUCGGAAGCUGCCCAUGGUACCGUAACUAGACAUUACCGUAAGUAUAUGGCAGGAGAAAAAACAAGCACCAACCCCAUUGCAUCCAUCUUCGCAUGGACGCGGGGUUUAGCACAUCGCGGAAAAUUGGAUAACCAACAAGAGUUGUGUGACUUUGCAGACUCCUUGGAGAGAGCUUGCAUUGAACUGGUUGAAUCUGGAAAAAUGACCAAAGACUUGGCCAUCGCUGUGUAUGGUGCAGAUGACUUAUCAGAAGAUGAUUAUUUGCUUACAGAGGCGUUCAUGGACGCGAUUGCAGAAAGACUCAACAGCAAGCUCUCCGUAAAGAUGGCGUCUUCCGCUCAGUGAAAAUAAAGAUUGCUAUGAGACCAUCAGACUUCCAUGAACUGGGGCUUGUCAGGCAUAGUUCCUGUUCACCAAAGGUGGGUUCUUUUUCUCGAGACUGCACCUAGAACGUGGUGAGAAACAACCCUUUCAGGCGCACGUCAUCGAGAAAAUACCUCGGUGAAUACAGUACUUCCUGGUGCACGCCACGAUGCAUCACUUGGUCUCCGAUAACAAUCAAACACUGAUAUAUAAAUAUAAUGCCUUUAUUUGUUACAAAACUCAAGGAAUUACCUAAACUCUCGACGACGACACUACACAUCGUCGACAAAAAUCCCCAUGCAAUUUUAUUCAAUGUCGAAAGCGCUUUUAAAAUGAAAAUCACGCCCAAUGUAUCGCCAACACCCAAAACCUUAAUAAAUGAAAACAACGAGAU